AGUUUUCCAUUAGGUGUUCAGAUUCUUUUUCUACCUCAUGAACUUAUAAAAGCAAAUGAAACAGAUUCAGCCUUCUGCGACUGGGCUUCACACAGUGAAAGCGAGGUAGUGAUUGCCCAUUGUCGUCGUCCCCCUCCACCCCCCUCUCUCACACACACCCUCCAUCUGCUUACUGCCCCCUCUCUGUCUGCAGGCAUCACAAAACAAGCCGUUGUCUCCAAACACAUCGUCUCUGCGUCUUUGAUAGGUUGUUGAUAACAGACUUACAGACUCAUGGGGCUGGCUGACCUUGCUGUAUAUAAAGCAAGCAGCAGUAGCUCUAGAACAAUUCAAGGACAGCUGAGACUUGUGACAACAAGCAACUGCAGCGAAACUUCAACUGUUCGACUUUGUGGACUCUGGAUUUUGCAAACCUUUCAGCAUGGCUGCAUUCAUCACUGUGGCUCUCCUGGCUAUGGCAUGCCCUUUGAUGGCAUUUGACAUGGGCCAGUCCACUCGUUGCGUCGCUAUCCCCAACCAGAUGAAGGUCUGUAAAGAUGUUGGAUACUCUGAGAUGCGGCUACCCAAUUUUUUGGGUCACAGCAGCCUGGAAGGUGAGGUGGUGCCACGUUCAGAGGACUGGAGGCCCCUGUUGCAGACAGGCUGCCACCCUCAAGCCCAGGCCUUCCUCUGCUCCCUCAUUGCCCCCGUCUGUCUUGACACUUUUAUCCAGCCUUGCCGUAGUCUGUGUGUGGCAGUGAGGGACAGCUGUGCCCCGGUGCUCGCCUGCCAGGGUCACCCAUGGCCUGAGGCACUUGACUGUGACCGCUUUCCUGCUGAGGAAGACAUGUGUCUUUCUCCCCAUGCAAAAUUUAACCACUUUGCCAAAGACUUGCCCAAACCUGCCUGCCAAAACUGUCCCUCUGUGGAAGAGAGUCCUGCAUUGAAAACAGUCCUGGAUGCUUUUUGCCACCAUGACUUUGCUGUGGCUGCCAAACUCCAUCGUCGUCGCCUACCCAUGGGAGAGCCAGAAUUUGAGGUCGAUGGCCGUGUUGAGUUUGUUCGCCAGGGACCUCUGCUGCCUUAUGACACCCAGCACCUCCUCCAGCAGUGGCUGCUCAUCAACAUUCGAUGUGCCAAUGCCCUUGUGCGCCCUGGGCGGUCACAGCUUUACGUGCUGACUGGAUCUGUGCAGCCUGAUGGCACCCUUGCCCUCACCCGUCUCUUCCCUUGGCACAAAAAAGAUGCGAACAUUGCUGUGGCCACUCGUAAGUGGAAGCACCACAGAUGUUGAAUCGACGGAUACUCGACGGAUGCAAAAAGAGGAGCUCUGAAUCUGUGUUUGAAGUGUGGAAUCACAUAACAAAUUGAUUCCACACCUAAAACGCACACAAUUUAAAACAAAAAUCAAGGAAGCAUUGGGUGUUUGUAAGAAUUUGUGAAGUAAGCUAAAUGGAAACCGUUACAGAAAAAGAGCUGGGCUCCCCUUUGCCUCCCUCUGCAGCUCACCAUCUCAUCCCUGCUCUGACAGCACACAACUAAGAGAAUGCACUCAAAUUGUAAAUAAGAUUAAUAAAUGUAAAUUGAUUGUAGAUUAUAUUUUCUAUAAGGAUAGUGGUGUAUUUAUAACAUCUUUUUAUGUGCAUGUUAUGUGGAAAAAGAUCACAAUAAAAUAUUCUGUGAAAAUGUACUUUCUGAGUAUUUGUAAUAUUUAUCUGAGCUUUUCCAACUCCUUUACAGUCCUGUGGCUAACACAUAAAUUCUUUAUACGGCAAAGGUUGUCAGUAAGACCUCUGAAUCUGUUGCCCUGUUUCACCACAAGGUGGCACUCUAAUGGUUAACUAACUGAGGCUCUUGUCGUUGAUAGUAUUUGAAAGGGGUUUCAAAUAAUGUAAAAUUGAAAAUAAAACAUGCAUGCAUUCGUUUCAUGUGUGC